AUGCCAAGCAAGGUGCGCAUCGCGCUCGUCCAACUUUACUCGCACCCAACGGACAUUGAAGGCAACUUUACUCGCGCGGCAAACCACAUUCGCGCAGCCGCCGCAGACGGCGCUCACAUUGCCGUGCUUCCCGAAUACUACCUGGGCGACUUUUUCGAGCAGCUCAAGGACCCGGCCGCGGCCGUGGCGACCUCGGCCGCCUACCUGCAGCGGUACCAGUCUCUGGCGCGAGAGCUCCAGAUUGGCAUCGUGCCGGGCACCAUGCUGGAGACGAAGACGGCGGUGGGCGGCGACACCGCCGCCGCUGCAUUCACCGGGCAUCUCGCCAACGCGGCCUGCUUCAUCGGGCCAGACGGCGCCGUGCUCGGCCGGUACCAGAAGAAGAACCUGUGGCACCCGGAGCGGCCGCACGUCGUCGCCGACCGCGAGACGCCGCACCGCGCCUUUGACACGCCGUGGGGCCGCGUCGGCCUGCUCGUCUGCUGGGACAUGGCCUUUCCCGAGGCGACGCGCGCCCUCAUCGCAGACGGCGCCCGCAUCGUCGUCUGCUCGGCCUUUUGGCUCGCAGACGACGGCGGCGCCGGCCGUCGCGUCAAUCCCGAAUGCGAGGCGCUCUUUCUGCGCAACGCCAUUGUGUCGCGCGCCUUUGAGAGCACCUGCGCCGUCGUCUUUGUCAACGCCGCCGCGCCGCCGCCGCCGCCUGGUGGUGCGCAUGGGAAAGAUGCGCGGGGCAUGGAGUUUAUCGGGCAGAGCCAGGUCGCCAUGCCGCUGCAGGGGACUCGGUGUAUGCUUGGUCCGGCCGAGGAGGUGCGCGUCGUGGAAUUGGACAUGGAUGUGCUGCAAGUGGCCGAGGACGUGUACAAGAUUCGGCAGGAUAUCGCUAGACCAGGGUGGCAUUACCCUCAACACUAG